UGUCAUGGCGGCGGCGGUGGAGGAGCCGGAGGUGGACGUCGAAGGGGACCCGGUGGCCGGGUCCGGAGAAGCGGUGGUUGGAGCUCCUGAAACCACAGCUACAGGCUUCCCACAGGAUCACUAUCUGGAUUCUUGGAGAACGGGUAACAGUCUUCCAUGGACGUUGGACAGCAGCAUUAGUGAAGAAAACAGGUCUGUGAUUGAGAAAAUGUUGCUGGAAGAAGAAUAUUAUUUAUCUAACAAAUCACUUCCUGAAAAAAUAUGGCUCAAUCAAAAGGAAGCAAAGAAAAGACCUAUGAAAAGCCCACAUAAGAAAACUGGAAAAGCCAUAGUGCGAUCGCCUACGAAGUCAGCUGGCUGCUCAUUGAAGUGGACAUCAGAAGAGAAAGAACUGUUUGAACAAGGAGUAGUGAAAUUCGGCCGCCGGUGGACGAAAAUUGCCAAGUUGAUUGGGAGCCGUACGGUUCUGCAAGUCAAGAGCUAUGCUAGGCAGCACUUCAAGAACAAGGCACAAAAUGGUGAUUCUGAAAAAGAAGAGCAAGGUCAGUGUGGUAGCAGUCUUCCCACUGAAGAUAGGAUAAGGGUUGAAGCAUGGUCAUCUGGAAACUUGAGAAGCUGUGCAGACCCCCAUCUGAAUGCAGUGAAAAUUGAAAAGCUGUCAGAUGAUGAAGAAAUAGACAUAACUGAUGACAUGGAGGAGCUAUGUUCUUCUACCUUCCAGCAAGCAAGUGGAAAAUCAGAAUCAGCUGUUAAUUCAAAAAAUUCAGUGGAAGAAAUGAAGGGAACAAAACAAGUUUUUUCAUCUGUUGGACACAGUUCUGCAAUUUCUUUACCUAAAGAAGAUCCUCAACCUACCACCCAAGAUCCAGUGGGUGCAGUGGUGUUUCCAGGUGUUGCAGCAACAUGCUCUCAGCACCUGAGCAGUGAUAAAUCUGUGAACUUAGAUUAUCAGCAAUGCAAUAAUUUUACUGAGAAGGCUGAACAAGGCAGACUGGUAACAUCUUGUGGCACCAGGCAAGUAACUGAUCAGGAGCUUAAUGAGGAACAGAGGGACCUGGCUAAUAAUGGAUUGCUUUUUCCUUCUCCCUGCCAAGUGGGUGAAGAUCAUCAAGAGGAAGCAGAGGAGCUUAAGCCACCUGAUCAAGAAGUGGAGGUUGACAGAAGCAUCAUUCUGGAAGAGGAGAAGCAAGCUUUCCCAGAAUUUUUUGAAGGGCGCCAGGCCAAAACCCCAGAGCGUUAUUUGAAAAUCAGGAAUCACAUUUUGAAUCAGUGGGAGAGACACAAACCCAAAUACCUGAACAAGACUUCAGUCCGUCCAGGCCUGAAGAACUGUGGUGAUGUUAACUGCAUUGGACGGAUCCACACGUACCUGGAACUAACAGGAGCAAUUAACUUUGGCUGUGAGCAGGCUGUCUAUAACCGACCCCAGACAGCUGAUAAAACACGGGCCAAAGAAGGCAGAGACAGAGUGGAAGCUUUCCAGCUUGCUCACCGCCUGCAGUCCAUGCGCACGAGAAGACGGCGAGUGCGAGACCCCUGGGGAAACUGGUGUGAUGCAAAGGAUUUGGAAGGACAGACCUUUGAGCAUCUGUCUGCUGAAGAAUUAGCAAGAAGAAGAGAGGAAGAAAAACUGAAACCUGCAAAAUCUUCUAAAGGUUCAAGACAAAUGAAAAGUUCCUUUGAUCCCUUUCAGCUGAUACCAUGCUGUUUAUUCACUGAAGAAAAACAGGAACCUUUUCAGGUGAAAGUGUCUUCUGAAGCCCUUUUAAUAAUGGAUUUGCACUCUCAUGUCUCUAUGGCAGAAGUAAUAGGGCUGCUAGGGGGAAGAUAUUCUGAAGCUGAUAAAAUUGUUCAAGUCUGUGCAGCAGAACCAUGCAAUAGCCUCAGCACAGGACUGCAGUGUGAGAUGGAUCCAGUGUCUCAAACCCAGGCCUCAGAAACACUGGCUGCCCGCGGAUACAGUGUGAUUGGGUGGUACCACUCCCACCCAGCCUUUGACCCCAACCCCUCCAUACGAGAUAUUGACACUCAAGCUAAAUACCAGAGUUAUUUCUCCAGGGGUGGUGCCAUGUUCAUUGGGAUGAUCAUAAGUCCCUACAACCGCAAUAAUCCUCUUCCAUAUUCUCAGAUUACUUGUCUGGUAAUUAGCAAUGAGAUCAGUUCUGAUGGUUCCUACCGCCUGCCUUACAAAUUUGAAGUGCAGCAGAUGUUGGAAGAACCUCAGUGGGAAUUAGUAUUUGAGAAAACAAGGUGGAUAAUUGAAAAAUACAGAAGCUGCCAUAGCAGCGUCCCCAUGAAUAAAAUUUUUCAUAGAGAUUCUAACCUCACUUGUUUGCAGAAACUUUUGGAGUGCAUGAGGAGGACUUUGGGCAAAGUAACAAACUGCUUCAUUGCUGAAGAAUUAUUGACUCGGAUAGAAAACUUAUUCCUUUCUACAUACAAGAGUGAGAAAAAGAGUAAUGCUGAAGAAAAUGAGAAUGACUGUUCAAAAGAACUGCUGGUGUGAUGGCUUUAAUGAACAAAAAUGACUGAUUUUUUUUUUCUCUUUCCCCUCCUCCCCAUAAUGUCAACUCUUUCAGUGUUAUUAUCCAUUUUAUAUAGUAACUGGUACAGAAUCCAGUCUCAUCUGACUGUUAAACAGAAAAACCCCUAAUGUGUGUGACCUGACUACACAAGGAAUGCUUAAUACUAAUAUUUUGUAAAAAAUGGGUGCUAGAGAAUUAAUUGAUUUACCAGCAGUCUGCCAUUUGGGAAGAAGGACAGCCUGACAAGGAUCCUGUGUGUCAGCCUUCAAGGAGAGUUUGUCCUCUCAAGUGUUUCAGUUUGAGAAUUUUCUCAUAUCUUUUAUCUACAGGUAACCAUCUAACCUGGAAUCAGUUUAUUCCUCAGUACUUUAGAGACUAAGUUUGAAUCACAGCUUAACUGAAAUGAAAAUAUUGUAGCUCACUGAUUUCAAACUUUUCCUGGUAUCCAGCCUGAAGUAUUAUUCAGUUGUGGUUUAAUACAGCAUUUGAUUUUGGAGUUUAUUUUUUUUCCCCAUUGAUCCUUGUGGUCAAGUAGCUUUUUUGGCAUGCUCUUUGCCAUCUUGCUUCUUUAUCUAGGGAGGAAAAGUUGGCAAAUUUUCAUGACUUCUCAGUAGUAGUUAUGCUUGUUUCCAGUGGAAAUGAUGACUCCUGUCUUGUUACAGGUUGCAGCCUUUCUGAUCUUCCGUUCUAUGGGGAGAAAUUGUGCUCUUCUGACAGAUCAAUGUGAUUUGUCCACUUGAUUUGCCACUGUUUCCUGUGGAAACAAGAGCUCUAGAUUAACAGCAAACUUAAUGCAACAAGCAGAAACGUGUUUGUCCUAAAGAAAAAAACCACCAACUUUGAUAUUCAGAGUCUUCUCUAUAAUCUGCAGUUCAGUAAGAAAACAUACUGGUUUGUAUCAGUUUGGUUACAAUUUCAUACAAGUAUAUUCAGAUAGAUUGGUGUUGAUUGAGAAGUUUCUUAAUUGCAAGUUGGAAAUGUUUCAAAAGUGUCUUUGUAAUGAAAAUCUGCUUUAAAUGUUGCUUUCUAAAUGAGGAUUUCUAUAUAGUUAAUACUAUUUACACAAAUUUAUCUUGGGCAGAGUUUCUCAGGUCUAAAAUAUAUUUGAAAACAUGAAUCAAGCAAGACAGUUUAUAGCUAGAGGGAUGACAGUAGUUUAAAUUCUUAUUUUAAAAAAUAUGUUUGUAUAUAUCUAGUUCUUCAUAACAUAAAUGGAAUUUAAGAUUUUAUGUUUACAUUUUUAACUUCAGCAUUUCAUUUGUAUAAAGUUGGAAAAGCUUUAAAAUUGUGAAGCUGCAUCCCAAGGAGGAAACUCCUGGACAGGAAGUUAAAAAUGCUGGGGUUUAAAUUUUUUUUAUUAUUAUUUUAUUUAUCAUGCCUCAUAAAGUGUUUGUCUCUUUCUGUGACUAAGUAGAAGGUGUAGAACCCAUGAAGUGUGAGCUCUUGAUACUUGGUGAUUGUCUCAAUGCAAGAUUCAAGAGCCAUGGAUUUAAAAACCCUGGUGAAUGUUCUAUGCUCUUCUGUGUUCAGAUCCACUGGUGCCCAGCUUUAGGUCCCACUGCUGUGUAUCAUUUACAAACUAGAGUAUCCAUCCUUGUUAGGCAUGGUGACUCAGUCUGCAUAUAUUCCAAAAUGUCACCUUUGGGACUUCUUUAUUCAAAAUACUGCAUGGCUUUCUCUCUUUCCAGUUGAAACUGCACUCAUGGUGAGAAAGCUUUUCUUCCCUUAGUUGUGGAGUAGGUCUGCAGUGUCAGCAGUUCUGUGCAGUUUUGCAUAGGUUAGUUUGUAGAAAAAACACACAGUAUAAAUAUAUGUACUAAAAGUUGUAAUUAGUUCUGAUUUGUAGGAGGAGAAUCUUGAACCUCUCGUGUACUCAUCCAUUUACAGUCUCUUUCUAACCAGGAAGGUUGAGUGUCAGUAUUACCCACUCAGAGGUAACAACAUGCUGGCUGCUUCUAUGUUUAAUGAUUAAAAAGAGUUAAAGUAAUAACCUUGUGAUUUUUGUCUUUGACAAUGAUGUUAAAGAAUAGCUUUAGUAAAACAUGCUUCUGAAGUAGUUUGUUUCUUCAGACCAGGCCAUGGUGCAGUCUUCAGCCUUUGAUAAGCACAGAAAAACUCCAAAUGUUGUACAAGUUGGUGUGGGGGGAAACAAAAACUGCAAGUACCAGUGGGACUCUGUGUUGCCCCACGACACUGUAUGUGAGUUGGAAAUCCCACAGCCAGUGCUAAGUAAUAUUUCUGUGGGCAGAAGUAGAAGGGUAACAAAAUUACCUACUUUCCAUAAGUUAUUUUGACUUCACGGUUAAGAAGAGUUUGGAAAUCUCAUGCUUCUGAGUUGAUCAAGGUCUGUUCUCCAUUAAAAUUUUUAAUUGGAAGCUCUUUUCUCCAUCCAGCAAUUCUUUUAAAUGCUGGUUUUGCUUUAGAGCACCUGUUGCAGACUGAAAUGCAGUUUCUGUAUGUAAGGUAGGGUUUUUUCGGUUGUUUUUUGCCUUGCCAAGUUGUUGUUCAGGAGCUGGGAAGUGUUUGAGUAGCAAGUAGAAUGAUACAGUUUAAACUGGAAGAGUUAACAGUUUUAAAAUUAAAAGGAAACCAACUCCCAGACACUAAAGAGGUACAUUCUGGCCAGUAUCCUGUAGGGACAUUUGUUGGCCAAGUUCAGUUUUGCUAUCCCAGUUAUCAGCAGUGCAUCUCCAGAGGGAUAUGUGCCCUUUGUUCCAGGGAAGGGCAAUGCCCCUAUUUUUUUUAAAAUAAGUAACUUUCCAAGAACAAUUCACUUGAGGGAGCCCAGGAGGGAACCAGAAGAACCAAACUCAAAACAAGCCAUAGAAAAAUGUUAAUACUAUUGCCAUUGAUAGUAAGUACUUUUUUCCCUAUUGCUUGCUGUUUUGAUGUUCCUGACUGGUAUACAAGAGUCUACUAAUAAAGUCAGCAUAUGCAGUACCU